AUGAAGGUCACUAAUCAAGGAGAUGUGUCGGUGUACACCAUAGCUGGUGCCAAUACGGCGCGGCCUCUGCCAGACUGGCUAGCCCGUCGCCGAAAACGUAGCUUGAAGUCAGAUCCCGAGUACCAAAAUAGAAUAGAACUUUUGCAAGACUUCGAGUUUGAAGAAGCGAGCCAAUGCGUCAGGGUUUCGGAGGACAAUGAUUGGAUUAUGUCCACCGGAACAUAUAAGCCGCAAUUCCAUGCACACUACUUACCUCACCUUGCCCUAUCCUAUACGAGACACACGAAAUCUCUUAAUACAACCUUCUUACUCCUUUCCACCGAUUAUUCCAAAUCCCUACAUCUACAAAGCGAUAGAAAACUUGAAUUCCAUACCCCCGCCGGUUGUCACUACGAGUUACGCCUACCUAGGUACGGAAGAGACCUCGUUUACGAUCGUUAUUCAACCGAAGCGCUAGUUCCCUCGGUGGGACUAGACUCCGAUGGCCACGGUGAAGUCUUUCGGAUGAACCUAGAAGUGGGAAGAUUUAUGAAAUCAUAUCAAAUCGACGUUGGAAACGACGAGGGUGUCGAAUCCGGCCUACAGGGAAGCAUCGGUGUUGGUAGUGUCAAUACAGCCGCUAUCGCUGAGAAUAGCCAUAACUUGCUGGCGUUCGGCACUUCUCUAGGUUCCGUCGAAUUCUGGGAUUCACGAUCCAAAUCACGACUUGCUAUCCUCGGCGGUCAAGAAGGCGAAAUAACAGCUCUCGAUUUUAAUCCCACUGGUCUUUCGCUCGCCACAGGCACUUCAACCGGCCUGAUCAAACUUUUCGAUCUUCGAAGCCCGAAGCCGUUAAUACAAAAGGACCACGGUCCCGGUUUCCCUAUCAAAAACCUCAUUCACAUGACGACGUCUUCACAUGAGAAGAAGGUCUUAUCCGCCGAUAAACAGAUGAUUAAAAUCUGGGAUGAACUUGAUGGCGAGACAUGGACUUCAGUUGAGCCCUUGGUCGAUAUCAACUUUGUGACAUGGUGCAAAAAUUCGGGAAUGAUCCUUACAGCAAAUGAGGGCAAGCCUCUUCACAGCUUCUUCAUACCACAAUUGGGCCCCGCGCCCCGGUGGUGUUCAUUCCUUGAUAACAUGGUUGAAGAGAUGGCUGAAGAGAUCAGCACCGAUCAGUAUGACAACUUCAAAUUCUUGACAUUGCCAGAGUUGAAAUCACUCAGCUUGGCGCACUUGAUCGGCAAGACGAACCUAUUGCGCCCCUAUAUGCACGGUUAUUUUGUGGCCUCGAAGUUGUACGAUCAAGCCCGCCUGAUCGCCAAUCCAUAUGCCAUGGAAGAGGAACGCGCGAAACGCAUCAAGGAGAAGGUUGAAAAGGAGCGUUCCAGCCGAAUCCGUGGCAACAAGAAGGUUAAGGUCAACCAGAAGUUAGUCGAUAAGCUACUCAAGCGCCAAGAGAAGAGAGCCCAAGUAGAUCCAAAGGCUGGCGUUCUAGGUGACGAACGAUUCAACCGUUUGUUCGAAGACGAAGAGUUCAAGAUCGAUGAGACCAGUCGCGAAUUUCAAGUUCUAAACCCUAGCACGAAGGUUGAUCCAGAAACAGGUGCGGUUACUACUAAGCCAGGCGCACAGUUUUCAGACGAGAGCGAAGAUGACGCAAGUGAUGAUGAAAGCGACGAUGAAAUACACUCAGAAAGGAAUGCGCCGAAGGAAAUGGUCAUGCACGUCAGCAAUUCUAACCGAAGCGAUGGCCAAUCAUCAAAAGAUACGUCGUUAGGCUCUAGAGCUCAAAAGUCGGGUCGUAUCAGCAAAGCCCGGGGUGGCGAUGUUGUGGGGGAGAGGCAUGUCACAUUUGUUCCAGAGUCAAGGAAAAAUAAGGACGAAGAAGCUCCAAAACCACAGAGAAAAGAUCGACGAACAGACUCGCGACGGAGUGCUAGUGCUAAUGUCUUCAGGCGUCUUUGA